GGCUCCGCGGGGCUGACGGGAAGAGAGUUCAAACAGUGACUGGCGGGGAGUGGUGCUGCGGGUCGUUGCUAGUCAUGGAGUCGCUGGAUGGGGCGGCGCGGACGCUGCCCAGCAUGGGGCAGCUGUCGUGGGGGCUGCCAUUUGGGCGAGCUCACGGGCGGUGCGGCCUCAGCCCCAGCGGUCGGCUGCUGCUGCAGGGAAACUUAGAUUCCCAGGCAACAGCGUUUCUACUGCGCAAGCAGUGGGCCUUAUACAGUGUGACUCCUCUGUAUAAAUUCUCUAGCGCUCAUCUGAAGGCUUACACUAAACUCCUGAGUGCGUAUAUCGCCGGCGAGAAGCAGAAGGGGCUGGCGGUGGAAGUAGGGGUUGAGCUGGACAUCAAAGUGGCUAUCUCCAGCCUUCCAGACCUGAAAGGUAGUGACGAAGACGAGGCUGCAGUUCUCGUGCAGCUUUCUUUGCGAUCAAAAGCUUCCCAAAAGAAGUCAGAAGAGAAACUGGUAUGGUCGGGCUGGUUCUGUUGUGUGUGUGGAGAUGAUCUUUCCAAGAACAUGCCAGCAGACUUCACUUGUUUACCUGUGUUUCUUGCUAAUGGGGCAGAGAGUUACACAUCCAUUGUUGGAAGUUGGUUUCAAAAGACUUUUGACUGCUGCUUCCACCGUUUAACCAUUAGCCCUCUCAAUCUCAGUUGGAUGGCAGCUAUGUGGACUGGACGCAAGUUGGAAGAAAAUGCAUCUGCUAUGGAACUUCUUUUCUCUGUACCCAAUCUUCCCCAGUCUCUGAAUAUUUCAUAUGCCAUUCAUCCAGAGGAUGCAAAAGCUCUGUGGGACACAGUCCAAAAAACUCCAGGAGAGGUAACACAAGAAGAGGUGGAUGUCUUUAUGGAUUGCCUUUACUAUCACUUCCACAGACACUUCAAGAUCCACUUGUCAGCUACAAAACUGGUGAAAGUUUCUACAACAGUUGCCUCAGCACACUGUGAUGGGAUUAUAAAGUUUCUACAAAGCCAAUAUGUAAUUGAAGUGCUGAUGCUACUGACAGAACUAGCAAUCUCUCAGAUACAGUGAGAGUCAUUUCAGGAAAUCAUGCUGAAGAGGCUACUGCUGGAAGAUAUAUGCUGAGAAAUCAAGUAGAAAGUCAUUCCUGCAGCAUCUUCUUUGCUUUCAUGCUGAGUGGCCAAAACUGGACUCUUUAACUCCUGCACUCGACUCUAGCUGUAAUUCAGUGUCAUGCACAGUAAAGACAAGCAGACAUUUGUGCCCUAAAGAAGGGCUACAUUACAAACUAUACUAGUAGCUUCUUAGGCACCUUUAUCAUAGUGAUUCUGUUCAUUUAU